AUGUAUUCUGAGUAUGCUGAAAUUGGUGGUUUUGAUGUUAGACUGGGCACACAGUCAAGGUUUGAUAACAAGAUUAUAAAGAAGAAACAUGUUAUAUGUAAUCGUGGUGGUAAACAGAAAAAGAAAUCUUGUGACACAUUAGGUACAAGUGGUGUUAGGAGGAAACGAAAUUCAAAUUCAAGAGCUAUUGGUUGUCAAGCAAAGAUUAUAUUUGAAUCUGUGUAUGGAACUCCAAAUGAUAAAGUUUUUCAGUUUGAUGAACUUCACAACCAUCCACUUGAGAAGAGAAGCGAUUUAAAAAAGGCGAGACAAAUGUCAUAUUCAGAAAAAGAGUUUAUUGUGCGUGCUUCCACAUCAAAAAUAGGUCCAACUAUGGCUCAUAAGUUGAGGGCAAGUCUGAGAGGUGGGUAUGAGUUUGUAAAGCCCAAAGUAGUUGACUAUAAAAAUUUAAGGAGAGAUAUCAACAGGGUUAUUGGUUAUAAAGAUGCCCAAAUGAGAGUAAACACAAUGAAUGACCGUCGAGCUCAAUAUCCAAAUUACUCAUUUGAGUUUAAUUGUCAAGAUGAUGUUUUGGACUGUAUGUUUUGGGUUGAUGAAAUGGAGAAGGCAUAUUAUGCUGAAUUUGGUGAUGUUAUCUCGUUUGAUGCGACUUUCCGAACAAACAAGUAUCGAAUGGUUUUUGUUCCGUUUACUGCUAUUGACCAUCAUAAAAAAUCGGUUACUGUUGGAUCUGGGUUGCUAAGCAAUGAAAGCAUUGAGUCUUACUCUUGGUUGCUUAAAGCAUUUCUUAAAACUCAUGGGAAAGAACCAACACUUGUUUUAACUGAUCAAGAUGCUGCAAUAAAACAAGCUGUUGAGAAUGUGUUUCGUAAUUCAAAGCACCGAUUAUGUAUGUGGCAUAUAAUGAAAAAGUUGAAAAAAAAAAUAUCAGAUGAUUUAUUUACAAACACAGACUUUAGAAAAAGGUUUUCGAAGCUUGUUUGGGACAUUAAUAUGAAACCUGAUGUUUUUGAGACUACAUCGAGGUCAGAGAGUAUGAACUCAUUUUUUAAUACAUAUUCAGAAAGUGGGAACUUACUUUUGAAUUUCAUGAUGAAUUACGACACUGCCAUUCAAAAGCAAAGGAAUACUCAACGAGAGUUUGAUAGGGCAUCAAAGAAAGCAUCAUAUAAAAUGCAAACACCUCGAGAAAUAGAACUGCAAGCUUCAAAGAUGGUUGGGAAGUUUACAUUGUGCAGCACAAAAACAGUAAAAGUGAUUUUAAAAAUGGAUUUAAAACAUGCUUUUACAAUAAUGAUGAGAUGUGGUGUUAAAGAAAUUCUUGAAAUGUACAUUUUGAAGAGAUGGAGAAAGGAUGUGAUAUCAAGAAAUUAUCAUUUUAGUUCUGUUCAAUCUGAUUCAGGUGAUUGUGAGAAUGUAAAGCUAGUCAAUGAUUCAUAUUAUAGUUUUGAAUCAUGUUUGGAUAUUGUAAGAGAUGACAAAAAGAGAUUGGCUUUGUUUGUUGAGAAACAACAAAUGUUGUUGAAGGAAUUUGAGAGUGAUUAUAUUUCUCCUGGAUUGAAAAGCAAGACACAUGGUGAAGUCGUAUGCAAGCUUUUGGGUGUUACUAUACCUAUUCCAGAAGAGAUUAAUAUUCAUGUUCCUGAAGUUCAAAGCAAUAAAGGUUCUGGAAUCAAGAAAAGAAUUCCAAGUGUAGGUGAAGUAGCAUAUGAAAAUUCUAAAAAAGAACAUAGAAUGUGUUCAGGAUGUGGAAAGCGAGUUCCACACAAUUUACGUACUUGUCCAGAAAGAGUUGGAGCUGCUAAAUCAGCAAAAGACAGUUAG